CAGCUUUACUCUGAAACAACUUCCACAAUGUUUUGGGGGUUUUUUUGUUUUUUUUUUUAACAUCAACUCCAUGAUACUAUUGAUUAAUUGUAUUUUUAAAUUUGAUGUAAGGAGCCUGGUAAGGUGAACGGGUAAGAUAAAACUUCCUAAAUUACUAUUUUUUUUUUAGUUUCUAUUUUUUUUCCAUGUGUAAGCUGGCUGCAAUUGGUCAUUUCAUCACAAAGUUGCUGUCCAUAUUAAUUUCCAUUAUUUUUCCCUUUUUUUUUUAAUCCAUUCCCACAACAUCUGGAGGCACCCCCACUGCUUAUGGUGAAGAGAAGAUUGGCAUUGUUACUGGGUGAAACUGCCUUCAGCCGUCGACUUCCAGGCAGCGCAGCCUGGGAGGCUGCAUUGCCCUCAGCCAACCAGAUGAGGAGCUGGAGCCAAGCCAAUCAGCUGACCAGGCUCACCAGAGCCCACAGUCCUUAAAAAAUAUAGGAAUGGACAACUAAAGGUAACUGAGACAACCGCUCACCCUGGAGCUAAGUUAGUGAAAGAGCACGAAAUCAACUAAAGAACAAUCAUCAUUGCUACUGAAAUAUAUUUUACUUUAGAUAUUGAAGUUUUAGGAUGAAUUGUUUUAGUAUUAAUUAGUUAUUGUUUUAACAUAGGAUUCUUUUGUUUAAUCCAUUUUACUUCAAAAACGUUAAUAGUGAGUUCUUCAUGACCAGGAUUUAUGUCGUACUCUGCUGUAGUUUAAGUAUGUUAUCACUAGGUUAAGCUUGUUAAAAUAGGAACCAUCUGUCUGCACAAGAGUUAAGUAGGUUCUGUUCUUCUAGAUACACAUCUCAACACACACAUUCACACACAUAGUGUUGUCAAAUAUAGGUGAUAAGGGUAAACUUACUGUUAGCAUAAGCUGACGUAGAGUUAAGGCCCCACAUCUGUUUCAUCUUUUUAGAUAACGCUAAGUUAAAGACCAACCCAUUUGUAUGGGUGAGCCCGCCCACAGGGUCAAUAAAUGUACAUUUCAUGUUAUGUUCGGGGCUCAUUGUGUUUGAGUCCUCAGCGCUGAGUGUCCACCUUAUUUGUGAUCUGAAUAAAUUUUGUCAACUUUGUGAGACCGAUCUGAAUCCAGACUCGUCCUUAGAGCUUCCAAUAAAAGAACACAUUUACACUACAUUGUGAACAUUUCAGUUCACUCAUAAAUCUUACAUCGGUAUCUUGGUGUGAAGGAGAUUGUGAUUUGAAUGAAAAGAUUUAAAGUUUGAACUAAGUAUUGAGAAAUUCUACCUUUUAGAUUUCAGUUUAAGGAGGCUAGUGAUGUACAAAUACAAGGUCUGAAAAACUAUCCAGAAAUAACACACAUGCAGCAAUUUUCAAAGGAAAUUGUAUCUUAUAUUGAAACAUUGCUUACAAUGUCUAAGAAAUAAUGAAGUGCAACAUUGAAAACUUUAAAAUGUUAUAGAUUUUAUGGAUAUGUUUUUGUUUUUUGCAUGACCCCCCCUAUUUAGUACCUUGUCCUGUACUUACUUUCUGAUUUUCUUUCUUGAAUUAAUUGCAUAAUAUAAUGAAUGAACUAGGUUUUAUUUUGACAAUCCUCCAUGUACCAGGCAAAACAAUUCUCUUACUGGGUUCUUUUGUUUUAACGUCUGCGGGCUCUGGUGAGCCUGGUCAGCUGAUUGGCCUAGCUCAUGAUCAUGACGGCUGAAGGCAGUUUCAUCCUGGAGCUUUUACCACUGGCUGGUCCUGGUGACACACCUGCUACAAUGAAGACGUAAUAAGAAGAGCAGCCUUCAAGCUCAGGAAAAACCACUCAGUCUGGGCCAGAUCCACUUGAUCCUGAACUGGGUCCACCUGACCUGUCAGACCAAGUUGGAGUCCACCCUCUGAAGCAGAAUGGGCAAAGGGAAAAUCUUCAGACGAAGAUUCAUCAUCAUCAUCUUCAUUCCUAUUUUUAUCUUGACCCUGAUGUUUCUUGACAAAUGGAAGCAGUCCAUCCCAAACCUGGUCCGUUCCAAGACUUUGGACAUUUGCUCCAUACCUGUCACUACCCAGACCAUCACCCCCCUCAGUGACACCAAACACUUGAUGGUUUCAGCCUACAAAGACCAGAGAGAGAGAGGUUACGAUGUUCGCAUCAUUGGUAUAUUCAGAGUAGACUCCAUCCAGCCCCUUCGCUGUCUUUUCUGCUGUGGAAGACUGUUCACUUCUGCCACUCCAGCAAAGAUUUUGCAGCACCCAGAAUAUUUUGGUUUUCCAUUUGUCACCACAGAUGUCAUGUGUCAAAUCCCUACAAACUGCAGCACUACACAUGUUUCUCUAAUUCCUCAAACUUCUAAUGUGGAUGAAUCAAAAUUUAUGUGGCUUCCAAUAAGAAACCAGCGGACUGAUGGGAAGGAAGACAUGAAACUGCAGUUUAACUUCACCGUCUGCAUCUCCAACUUGUUUGAAGACUACAACAAUGUGCUUCAGUUUACUCAAACCCUGGAGAUGUACAGACUGCUGGGUGUGGACAGGGUGGUGAUCUAUAACACCAGCUGUGGUCGAGACCUUGGCCGUUUGCUGCAGAGCUACUAGAAGGAGGGUUUUGUGGAGAUUGUUCCGUGGCCAAUCCAUCGGUAUCUGAAGCCCUCUACCGGCUGGCUCUUCUCCAAACAUGGAGGAGACGUGCACUACUACGGCCAGAUGACCACGCUCAAUGACUGCAUUUACAGAUCCAUGGCGCGCUCACGCUAUGUCCUGCUGAAUGACAUAGAUGAGAUCAUCAUCCCAUACCAACACCCUGACCUGAUGUCUAUGAUGAAAACGCUUCAGCAUCAACAUCCAAAUACUGCUGUGUUCCGCAUUGAGAGUCAUGUCUUUCCCAAGAUCUACUCUGAGCCAAGCAAGAAGUUUGACCUGCCUCACUGGAACGGGGUGCCAGGAAUGAAUAUUUUGGAGUACAUCUACAAAGAAGAGCCUGAUAAAAACAUUUACCACCCCGGCAAAAUGAUACUUCAGCCAAAGAUGGUGGUGCAAACUUCAGUGCAUGAUGUGCUCAGCUUUUCUGGACAACGUUACAACGUUCCACCAGAUUUCUGUCAUAUUAUUCACGUUCGUUUUUCUAAGCGGGGGUUACCGCUGGAGCAGCUCCACGAGGACAAACGACUGUGGGACUUCCACGAACAGCUCAUUCCCAAUGUUGACCGAGUCCUGAAGAAUGUGGGGAUGUUGAGGUUGGAGGAGCACAGCUGACAGAUGAAGGAGCAGAUGAACACUUGUACAUUAAACCUUUAA